ACUCAGAGAGCGCGCGGUCCGUUCCUUCACCUCGAGUCACUGACAACCAACCGCAGUGAGCGCGCGGACAGUGAGGGCGCGAGCAGAACACGCGCUUUGUGCAUCAGUGUCGCUGAUUGGCUGAACCGUGACCGGUCUGUCCUCCGCGUGCAACACACGGAGCCUCGCGCACAUAUAUUGGGUGAAGGGGCUCGCGCAUCUCACCAGUUUCCCCACUCCGCCGGUACCCCAGAGGGCACGCGGACGAGGAAAGCAUCAAACAGCUUACUGUCGUUUAAAAAAAACAAAGAGUCCAUGGCUGUCCCCACACACAGCAGCUGCCUGUGGAUGUUGGUUCUGGGCGCUUGUGUGUCGCUGGUGGUUGGAGCGGAGUGCGGGAAGGAGUGCGCACUGUGUGUGUACCGUCUGCUGGGACAGCAGUCUGGUUUCUCCUCCCUGACUUGCUCACUUGAGUGUGAGGGAGGGUUGGACAGCCAGAAGCUCCGUCUGUGCCGGGACUUCCUAUUGGAGGAGGAAAACCACAUUCCUCUGAAUGCUGACAGCCGUCAACAGCAGGAACAGGAAGCAGCGGGCGCCAUGACAGCUGAUGACGAGGACGCAACAUCACCAGAACACCAGCUGGCCAAGAAGUACGGUGGCUUCAUGAAGCGCUACGGAGGCUUCAUGUCUCGCCGCUCCUUCGCUCCAGAGGGGGCACCGCUGGAGGACCCCGGGAACCAGGAUGAAGAAGAAAACGUCCGCCUGGAGGUCCUAAAGAUUCUCAAUGCGGCGGCUGAGCAUGGUGGUAAGGGGGAUGGUGAGGGAGGCGAGGUGGCGAAGAGGUACGGAGGCUUUAUGCGUCGGGAUGAAGGAGGAGUGGCACAGGGCGACCUGCUGGAGGCGGUGUUAGGCCGCGGGCUCAAGAAGCGCUACGGAGGCUUCAUGAGGCGUGUGGGCAGGCCGGAGUGGCUGGUGGACAGCAGCAAGAGUGGGGGGAUGUUAAAACGGGCCUGGGAGAACGGCAGCGAGCUACAGAAGAGGUACGGGGGGUUCAUGGACUAGGAUGCCACAGUUAUGACCCUUCAUUCCCCCUCAUCCAACCGCCUCUCUUCAACCAAUCACCUUGUAAUCUGGACUUGUCGGUGUUUGUAUAACGUGCUGCUGCCUACUUCAUCAGUUCACUUGCUCCUGUUAUGAUAAAAAAGAUGUCGUUCAGAUGUACACAAAUCACUUUUUGUUCCGUUUUGGUUUUGCUGAUGAUAUUAUUUAUUAAAAGAAUCUGUUGAUGAA